GGGCGACGGCGGCGGCGGUGGGGCGUGCAGGCGGGCUGCGGGCACGGCACGGAUGAGGCGCAUGCGCGUUGCGGACGGGCGCUGGAGCUGUAACGGCUGGGCGCGGAGAGGCCGGGAGGGGCUCGGCGCCGCCGGUAGCGGCCGCAGCGGGGCGGAGGUGGUGGCCGGGCCGAGUGGUGUCCAGGAGGAGGGCGGCUGGCGGGGCCAGUCGCGGGGUUCGCUGCAGCAGCUGUCGGAGCGGUACGCGGACCUGGCGGCCAGCUACAGCGAGGCGCUGCGGCAGCGGGAGGAGCGGGAGUGCCACAACGCGCGGCUGCGGCAGGAGAACACCCGGCUGCGGCUGGAGAACCGCCGCCUGCGCCGGGAGAACCGCUACCUCUUCCGACAGACCCUGCUGGGGCCCGGCCCCGACCAGCCCCCUCCCGCCGCCGCCGCCGAGCUGGGCGAGGACGCAGAGGCCCUGCGCGCCCAGCUGGGGCGGCUGCAAGAGAAGCACCGCCAGGCCUUGCGGCGCCUGCGGCGCUGCCGGGCCGCUGACGGGACGGAGGCCUCGGAGCUGGAAGACGGGGAGCUGGACGAGCUGCUGCAGGAAGACGAGCAGCCGCUGGAGAAGAAGAGCCUGGUGCUGCCCCUAUAGUCGGCCCCGGGGGAAGGCGGCGCGGCCGGGCAGGGCUGCUGUGAGGGGGCGGUGCUGAGGGGAGGCCUGCCAGGCCUGGCCGCCUCCGCCCGCUGGACCUCGGGGCGGGGGAGAAGCGGCUUAUCCCCUCCCUCCUCCCUUUGCCGCCCCCGGUGAAACACGGGGCGGCCCCUUCAGCCCCAAAGAAAGCGUUUGAGGAGGGAGGAGGUGGGUUUUUGUUGGGUUUUUUUGUUUGUUUUUUUUUAAUCCCUUUCCCAGAUGUAUGACCAGGAAGCAUUGACUGUGAUCAAAGAGAAGCAAAUUCGCCUGGAAAACUGAUGCAUGGAAGAGGCCAGCGUUUUAGUCGAGGAAUGCCUCGAAGCAGCUGUUGUCAUGGAGAAAAGAAAGAACCACGGUGAGAAGAACAGUUGUUCUCGUGUCACCUCACAGCAUUGAACUGUGCUUCCUUCAGGGAGCAGCUGUGGAUCACCUUGCUUCCCUUUCAGUUAGCGACUAUCAUGUAGACCUCAAUAGCCAUGGAGGCUAUCAAAAGAUGGCUCUUACCAGUUCUGAGUAGUCUGUGUAUGUCUGUUAGGAAAGGGAGUGGAGGAAGCUUGCGAGCUGCUUUGUCAGCACUCCAGUAAAAGUUGGUGAUCAUUUGACGUCCUCUGAAUUGUCUGGACAUUUCCCGCAAAACAGUAUUUGUAUCCCUAAUGAUGGACUUUGUUAACCGCAACACAAAUAUUGGUUUGAAUUUCACACUUUCACAUGAAAAUGCAGCUGAUAAAUAAAAAUAUGACACAGCAAAUGACUGUCUUCAG